AUGCGUCGGGCAAUUGUGAGGAGAGUUUCUGCAACACGCGGGCUUUGCAAUUCGCUCCCGAGCCACUGCUGGCCAAGACCUCGUGAUCCUCUCGUCAAUGAAUCCCUCGCGCCACUCAUGCCAAGCUGUGAGUUGAAUUUUGACACAAUGGAUCGAGGCUGCUUGUGGGUGGUGGAUUGUUUGCGGCAACUGAAGCGAAAGGAACUCAUUUUUGAGUCGAGACUCAGCCCAAAGGUUCGAGGCGCUGGACGGAAUGGCGUCUACUAUGUCAUUGCAACCGUUAGUCCUCUCGUCGUGUUCGAGGUCGCAGGCGCUGGUGAGAGCUGCUCUUUUUUGCUCUCACCUCUAUGUGUUUAUUUUCAAGACGUCUCAAUAGUCACAUACUUAAGCAAGGAAGCUGUAGGAAGCGACUUUAUCGGAUUUCCUGACAUUAAUGAAGCGCCAUGGAAGUCAAGUACGAGUAAUUCACGGAAAUGCUGUGCAGUCAGAGCUAGCGACUCCGCUGUCAUAAGAGAUGUUGUAGCAUCAGUAAACGAGGAGGUGGAAGUGAUAGCACCAGAGGAUUUACAGAUUGCCAACAGUAAACAAAAAGAGGAUCCAGAAAGAGUAGGAGUGCUGCUGCUGAAUGUUGGUGGACCAGACACACUUGAAGAUGUGCAGCCUUUUCUAUACAACCUGUUUGCAGACCCGGAUAUCAUUAGGCUCCCGCGCUUGUUUAGCUUCUUACAAAGACCAUUAGCUACCUUCAUAUCUACUUUGCGAGCUCCCAAAAGUGCUGUGGGGUAUGCUGCCAUUGGAGGAGGGUCACCUUUGCGGCAAAUUACAAAUGAGCAGGAUGCUGAGGCUCUUACAGCUGCGCUUCAGAGUAAGGAUUUACCAGCUAGAGUUUACGUAGGAAUGAGAUACUGGCAUCCUUUUACAGAAGAUGCCAUAAAUCAGAUCAAGAAGGAUGGAAUUACGCGUCUUGUGGUCCUCCCCUUAUAUCCUCAAUUUUCAAUAUCAACCAGUGGUUAUAGCCUCCGUCUUCUUGAGAGCAUUUUCAUGGAGGACGAAUAUCUCGCUAACAUGCAGCAUACAGUUAUUCCAUCAUGGUACAACCGCGAUGGAUACUUGCAGUCAAUGGCAACGCUUAUUGAGAAAGAAUUAGUGAAAAUUGAGAAGCCUGAAGAGGUUCACAUUUUUUUCAGUGCUCAUGGCGUACCUGUGGCUUACGUGGAAGAAGCAGGAGAUCCGUAUAAGGCUGAAAUGGAAGAAUGUGUGCAACUUAUUAUGGCUGCAGUCAAGGGGCGAGGUAUCCGCUGCCCACACACACUUGCGUAUCAGAGUCGUGUAGGACCAGUUGAGUGGCUCAAACCGUAUACUGAUGUUACAAUCAAGGAGCUUGGGAAAAGAGGUGUGAAGAGUCUCUUGGCCGUACCUGUCAGCUUUGUUUGUGAGCACAUCGAGACCCUGGAGGAAAUCGACAUGGAGUACAGAGAGUUGGCCCUUGAAUCUGGCAUUAAGAACUGGGGUCGUGUACCUGAACUGGGUUGUGAACCCGGUUUCAUCAGCGACUUAGCAGAUGCUAUUAUUGAAGCUCUCCCUUACGUGGGUGCAAUGAAUGUUUCAAGCCUAGAAGCUCGUCAGUCGCUUGUGCCGUUGGGUAGUGUGGAGCAGCUGCUUGUCACAUAUGAUACUCUUCGUCGAGGGUUACCAGCACCGGUGGCAAUGGGGGAGUGGGGAUGGACCAAAAGUGUGGAGACGUGGAAUGGGCGUGCUGCUUUGGUGACCGUGGUGACUCUGCUUAUUCUGGAAGUCACUAGCGGAGAAGGCGUUCUUCACCAAUUGGGCAUACUACCUCUAUUUCACUAAAUUUUGUAUGAUAACUGAAGCGGGCAUCUUGCUGAACAACAUACCUCAUAAAACUGGAGUUGAAGAGGAGUGGAGUCUCAUCAAUACCAACAAAUUCCACGGCUACGUAUCUCGGUUGCUCUGCAAAUGCAACUAUUGCUCAGUGUGAAGACUUUGGUACUAACUUUAGACACGAUUAUUUUAUCUGAUCAUUCUUGUACCUCUGCAGGAGUCCAUCAAAUACGGAGGUAAUUUUGAAAAGGUUGACAUACCAGAGUGGAGGAAUCUUAGCGGUUAACUCAAGAACCAAAGAUCCUCUUCAUCUCAUUUGAUGAAAUUUGCUUUGUGUUGCCUCAACGUGUGGAGUGUCUCUUAGUCGACCUGUACAUGUCAUUGUAGAGAGGUAACAAUCGGCAAUCCUCAUUACAACAUUCAUAUGCCAUAGGAACUGUCUGGCAAAGUUGCUGGAUAUCAUUGAUGAAUAAACAUGAAAAAAAAGCAUCUAUUUGAAAGGCGUAGCUUGGCGACGUUCUUUGAGAAUUCUACUGUUCUUUAGUGAUUACUGCUAGUCGCAGCAACGCUGUUUAAGGUACGGGUGCUAGUAAAAAGAGUUGUCCUCGCUGCAGGGAGCUGCUUUUGUAUGAAUAGUAAGACUCUCUGGCCUGUAAGUCCUUGAACGCAUUAACUCUGUUGCUAACGUUAGUUGUGCAAAUAUUCUCAUCA